AAAGAGCAUGGCCGGCGGGGUGACGGAAGAGCUCUCGGCCGCAGUGCGGUGUCCCGUUUGUGCGGAGGUGUUCAAGCCUCAAACGAUCAACGCGCACCUCGACAAAUGCUUGGACAGACGCCCGUCGAGAGCAGGCCAGAGAGAGCCUCCCCUGAAAAAGUCGCGCGUCUGCGGGGAGGCGGCUCCAGGCACGCCGCCGCCGCCCGCAGUGUUCUCCAUGUUUCAAAGCAGGAGCGCGACCGCGACUCGGAGCGACCGAAGGCCACCCCCGACUCCCGGAAAACGGAACCCGGGCGACGCGGACGGCGGAGAAGCCGAGCGCAGUUUGGAGAACGCGACGGCGUCGGGAGGAGGACUUCCGGACGCAAAGCUCAGCGGCCAGCCGACCGGACAGGACGGACUGCCGGUCGCGAAGCUCAGCGGCCAGCCGACCGGACAGGACGGACUUCCGGUCGCGAAGCUCAGCGGCCAGCCGACCGGACAGAGUGGGCCGACGACGAAGACGUCAAACGGUUCCGUGUCACGGACACUGCUGAACCUCGGCAAGCCGCUGGCCGACAAGCUCCGGCCGAACACGCUGGAGGAAUACUUCGGUCAAAACAAAGUGGUUGGGGAGCACACGCUGAUGCGGUCUCUGCUGGACGCCCAAGAGGUCCCGUCGCUGAUCCUCUGGGGACCCCCGGGAUGUGGAAAGGUGUGACAACUCUUGCUCACAUAAUUGCAAGUGCAAGUAAAAAGAAGGGGACCGCUCGCUUCAUUACACUCUCAGCUACCAGUGCGACCACCAGCGAAGUUCGUGAGAUUAUCAAGCAGGCACAGAAUGAGCUGCGACUGUGCAAGAGAAAGACCAUCUUGUUCAUCGAUGAGAUCCACCGCUUCAAUAAAUCCCAACAGGACACGUUUCUUCCUCACGUGGAGUGUGGGACCUUGACUCUGAUUGGGGCGACCACAGAGAACCCUUCCUUCCAGGUGAAUGCUGCACUGUUGAGCAGGUGCAGGGUGCUGGUGCUAGAGAAGCUGUCCGUCGAAGCGAUGAGCUCGAUCCUGCACAGGGCUAUAGCCUCACUGGGGAUCAGGGUGUUGGGCCAAGAUGUGACCGAUCCUGAGGAUAAAGACCAGUCAGAUGCUCAUGAGCCAAAGGUUUACAUUGAACAGAAAGCACUUGACACCAUAGCCCACCUUUGCGAUGGUGAUGCCCGGGCAGGGCUCACUGGCCUCCAGCUGGCUGUUCAGGCUCAGGUGGGAUUGGCCUGUCCUAACCAGUCUGCACAGGAUGGUCCUCCUCAGGCAGUAGUGGUGCAAGAGGAGCAUGUCAAGGAAGGUCUGCAGAGGUCCCACAUCCUCUAUGAUAAAGCUGGUGAGGAGCACUUCAACUGUAUCUCGGCGUUGCAUAAAUCCAUGAGGGGCUCCAAUGAGAACGCCUCUCUCUACUGGCUGGGCCGCAUGCUGGAGGGAGGGGAGGAUCCUUUGUAUGUGGCUCGCAGAUUGGUCCGCUUUGCCAGUGAGGAUGUGGGUUUGGCAGAUCCCUCUGCCCUGCCUCAGGCAGUGUCGGCCUUCCAGGCCUGUCACUUCAUAGGCAUGCCUGAAUGUGAGGUGAUUUUGGCUCAGUGUGUGGUGUAUCUGGCCCGAGCACCCAAAUCUGUUGAGAUCUACAAGGCAUACAGUAAUGUGAAGGCCUGUCUGAGGAAUCACAAAGGACCCCUGCCUUCUGUUCCCCUGCACCUUCGCAAUGCCCCAACCAAGCUAAUGAAAGACCUGGGCUACGCUAAAGGCUAUAAAUAUAACCCAAACUUCAGCUCCACUGCCGAGCAGGAGUACUUACCUGAGGAGCUGCAAGCAGUAGAUUUCUUCACCUGGACGCCCUCAAACCCAUGAGUAUCAGUUGUAAUGAGAUGCACUUAAGGCAAAGCCAGUGGGGGGGGUUACCACAGGUGGGAUUUGAUCAUUUCUGACUUUGCUGAUAAACCAGCACAUCGUCACUUUCAAAGUUUGGCGUUAUACCCCGUGUUGGAUUUCAUUCCAGAUUGUUUAGAUCAUGAAGGGUUUCAAAGAUGGAAAGUAAUCUGUUAUUGCAGUUUGAUUUAGUCUUGCAAGGGAUCAAAAUAUAAUGGUUCAUGUUCAUUUUCAUUUGUAACCUUUAAAGUAAGUACAUAUUUGAGUUUAAGAUGCACUGUUCCAUAUAAAGAAACAUAAGGAAAGGUUCUAGUUGCCAAAACAAUCUUUUUACCGCUGGUGUCAUAAACGGAAAUUCCAGAUUGCACAUCUAUGUAACUGUUAACCUUGGUUACUAUCUCUCUGCAUUUAUGUUUGUGUUGAUUUGAAAUAUAAUAAAUUGUUUA